AUGGGUUUAUGUAAGGAUAUUGAAGCCGUGAUCCACAAGUUUUGGUGGGGCCAAGGUGAAAAUAGGAAGAUUCAUUGGAUUAAUUGGAGUACCUUGUGUGAAUUGAAAUCUGUGGGAGGAAUGGGCUUCCGGGAUGUCCAGAGAUUUAAUAGUGCCAUGCUGGCUAAGCUAGUAUGGCAUCUUUUCCAUCAAAGAGACACUUCGACGUUUCGAGUUUUUAGUGCCAAAUACUUUCCCAAUGGCAACAUUUCAGAUACUUCUGUCCACCCUAAGUGCUCCUAUGCUUGGAGGAGUGUUUUGCAAGCAUGUGAAGUCAUCCACAAAGGGGCUGUUUGGCGAGUGGGUAAUGCUCAUUCGAUUGAUAUUUGGAAUCAUAGGUGGUUGUCUGAAUCUACUCCUAGACUGAUUGUGUCUCCUAGACCCGAUGCCAAUCUUAAUAAGGUCAAUGAUCUGCUUCUCCCUAAUUCUAGACAAUGGAAUCUGGAUCUCAUAGAUGAUGGGUUCUAUCCUUAG